GUGAGUUUUGGGUGUAUUGUUUUAUUCCAGGAAGUACUUUUAAUUCUCAUACACUGAAGAAGAGACGAACAUGCUGCGCUUGGUUCUGAUUCUGCUCGUGCUGUCUGGUGUUUUUACUCAGAACAGUGACUAUGGUGUGAACUAUCCUGAUAAACUGAUCUGUGCUGUGAGAGGAUUCAGUGUCUCCAUUAAAUGUAGUUAUUAUUAUCCACAAGAUCGUCAGGUGAAACAAAAGCUUUGGUGCUCGAUGAACUCAAACACAGAUGUGUGUGAAAACCCACCGUAUGUUUAUAACAGCUCAUUAAACACCGAGUCAGACUUUAAGUUCACUGGAGACGACAAAUCAGACUGUACUUUAUUAAUCCACAAUGUACAGUUCAGUUAUUCUGGAGAGUACAAAUUCAAAUUUAUUACUAAUGUGACCGGUGGUAAAUGGACAGGAAAUCCUGGAGCGACUCUACAAGUUACAGAUUUAAAGGUGUCACUAAUCAGACUCAGUGGAAACGGAACCCUUAAACAAGGAGACUCCUUAAAUCUGACGUGUGAUGUGAGCUGCACACACACUUCCUCACAGUUUGUGUGGUCUAAGAACAACCAGCGUUUAAAUACAUCAGGACCCGUUCUUCACUUUCCUGCUCUAACUGUGAGGGAUUCUGGGAAUUACACCUGCACUUGGGGAACCGGUGAGACGUCAGGAUCUGAAACCAUCAUCCUUCACGUGGAGGAUUCAGAAAGUUCUAAUUCAUGGAUCUUCUGGAUGGUUGUUGUGGUGACAGCUGGAAUGAUUUUGGUUGUGAUUUUCAGCAGGAGACACGUCCACACUGAGCCGCUGAUGGAGGACGAUUCAGACAUCUACACCACAGUACAGUACAAUACAUUCACCAUGAACUGAUCACAUCUUCACACCUCACCUACUUCAGUACACACUUCUGCAUGUGAACUUCACCUGAGAGCAAAAAGCUAAAGGAUCUGAACUCCUUAUAUCUCUAGAGCGAUUUCACAAAGUCAUAAUGAGUUAAUAAACCAACUGUGUGUGUGUGUGUGUGUCUGUGUGUGUGUGUGAGUUUGUGUGUGCGUGUGUGUUUGUGUGUGUGUGUGUGUUUGUGUGUGUGUGUGUUUUUGUGUGUGUACUGUAUGUGUGUGUAUGGGUGUGUGUGUAUGGGUGUGUGUGUAUGUGUGUUUGUGUGUGUGUUUGUGUGUAUGUAUGUGUGUUUGUGUGUGUGUGUUUUGUGUGUGAGUGUGUUUGUGUGUGUGUACAGUAUGUAUGUGUGUGUGUGUUUGUGUGUGUGUAUGUGUGUGUGCGUAUGUGUGUGUGCGUGUGUAUGUAUGUGUGUGUGUAUGUGUGUGUGUGUGUGUGUGUGUGUGUGUGUUAUUCCUCUCACACCACAGCAAUUUUCCCAUUUGUAUUAUAUAAAUAAUAAAGAAUGACACAUUAUAUUCUUUUAAUUACAUUUUAUAUCAUGUAACAUCCACAAAUCCAGUUCCUUUCUGUUCUCCUGUACGUUACAGCAGCUAUAAAUAUUCCUUCCUUUACAAGUCUGUCUUUUUUUUCUCUCUCUUGAUGUUAAUUUUUGAAACUACAAACCAGUGUAAACUCCUCUGUCCUGAAGAUUAAAUAAACUUCACCUCACAGAAAA